AUGGAAGUUGGAGGCGAGAGAGAAGAUGAGACCAUAGUUUGUGAGCAGAGAGGUUCCACUCUUAAGCCAAUUGAGACAGUUGACGGGGAUGAUGACAAGAGAAGAGGUUCUGAAUCUGAUAUGGAAGCUGGAAGUGAAGAUGAUACCAACGAUAGUUCAUACAACUGCAGAAUAAGUGAAUGUGCUGAUGACUCUGAUAAAGAUCCGGAUUUCUCUGUAUCAAAAGAUGAACUAGAAAAAUCGGACUCGGAAACUGAGACAGAAGCUGAAAAUAAGACCAUAGUUUGUAAACAGAUAGGUUCUAGUGUUAGGCCAAUUAAGUCAGUUGAACGGGAUGAUGGUAAAAGGAGCAGAAAGAAAGCCGGCAAGAAAGUUAUGAGCAGUGUCUGCAACAAGAGAAGUUCCAGUGUAAAUACAGUUGAGACGGGCAAUGAGGAUGAGCAAGGUGAUCCAGGGGAUGAGGACGAUAGUAUGUUUACUGCCAGUUUACAGCGACAGCUAGCGAACGUAAUAAUUCCAACAUGCAAAAAAGAUGGCAAGAAAAGAGAUUAUAGAAAGAAUGACUACUGUUUGUAUUGUAGUAGGUCAUUCAGCUCAAACAUAUCUGUUCACUAUCUGGCUGUGCAUUCAAACGAACGAGAAGUGCAGGAGGCAAACUGUCAUGAGAAAGGAUCCUUCCUUAGAAAAAAACUACUAACGAAAUUACAAAACAAGGGAAACUACGUUCAUAAUUGUAAAGUGAUUGAAAGGGGGGAGGGAGAACUCGUUGUUGCAAGAAGACCUGAUGAGAAAUGUAGACGGAAGGCUGUUGACUUUCUACCAUGUGAAUAUUGCUUAGGUUUCUACUUACUAGAUUCACUCUGGGUCCAUAUGAAAACUUGUCAGCUGAAGCCUGUAGAACAACAACCCUCCUCAAAUUAUGUAAGAGAUGCCAGAACAAUGCUUGCCCCAUUUAUACGAAAGCCAUCUUGUGAGGAGGAAGCUGAGGUCGAUGCACUUACAACUGGAAUGAAGGAGACCAACCUGAAUCCAGGCAUAGCUGGUAUCUGUAUGAAAGAUGUGCUCAUCCGUGAGUUUGCAAGUUCACUUUUGGGUCGGCUUGGGACAAAAGAUGAACAAAGAAGAAAAGAUUUAACGAAUGUUAGGCAGAAACUCAGAACCGUGGCUCGCUUUCUGAAGAAAGUAAAUGAAGUAAACGGUAGUGAAUGGAUGCCAUUAACUCACUUUCUUUGCUUUUACAACCAUUUUGAAUUUGGUACCAGAGUCAAGAUGCUUGCACAAGACUCUGAUUCCCCACAAUUGGCUAUUGUUCUUGGCCACUACAUCAAACAAUGUAAUUUGCUGAAAAUCAGCAUUUCAAUUCAAACUGAAGAUGAUAUCUUGUCAAAAGAUAUGGAAAAUGAGGCAGAGAGAUUCGAACGUUUAUAUAGAGCGCAUUGGAACAACAUGGUGGCCUGCAUAGCAUGCAGGCGCCAGAGACUGCGCAAGAUCAAUAAACCUUCAAUUAACCCAGUUACUACAGACCUGGUAGGCCUCAAGAAUUGGAUAAACGAGCAACUAUCAGAGCUUAUGAGGAAAGAUGAACGAACCUCGAGUGACAUUCAGUGGUACGCUCAGUUACUAAUGGUUCGUAUAUUGUUCACCAUAAGCGUCUUCUAUUGUCGAGCGUAG